UGUUUCAUGGUUGGUAUGGGACAGAAGGACAGCUACGUUGGUGAUGAGGCUCAAAGCAAGAGAGGUAUCCUGACCCUGAAGUACCCCAUCGAGCACGGUAUCGUCACCAACUGGGAUGAUAUGGAGAAGAUCUGGCAUCACACCUUCUACAACGAGCUGCGUGUUGCCCCAGAGGAGCACCCCGUCCUGCUCACAGAGGCCCCCCUGAACCCCAAGGCCAACAGGGAAAAGAUGACACAGAUUAUGUUCGAGACCUUCAACACCCCCGCCAUGUACGUUGCCAUCCAGGCUGUGCUGUCCCUGUAUGCCUCUGGUCGUACCACUGGUAUCGUGAUGGACUCUGGUGAUGGUGUCACCCACACUGUGCCCAUCUACGAGGGUUACGCCCUGCCCCAUGCCAUCCUCCGUCUGGACUUGGCUGGCCGUGACCUGACUGACUACCUCAUGAAGAUCCUGACCGAGAGAGGCUACAGCUUCACCACCACAGCCGAGAGGGAAAUUGUCCGUGACAUCAAGGAGAAGCUCUGCUAUGUGGCUCUUGACUUUGAGCAGGAGAUGGGCACCGCUGCUUCCUCCUCCUCCCUGGAGAAGAGCUAUGAGCUGCCUGACGGACAGGUCAUCACCAUUGGCAAUGAGAGGUUCAGGUGCCCAGAGGCCCUGUUCCAGCCAUCCUUCUUGGGUAUGGAGUCUUGCGGUAUCCAUGAGACCACCUUCAACUCCAUCAUGAAGUGUGACGUCGACAUCCGUAAGGACUUGUAUGCCAACACUGUAUUGUCUGGUGGUACCACCAUGUACCCUGGCAUUGCUGAUAGGAUGCAGAAGGAGAUCACAUCCCUGGCCCCCAGCACAAUGAAAAUCAAGAUCAUUGCCCCACCUGAGCGUAAAUACUCUGUCUGGAUCGGAGGUUCCAUCCUGGCCUCCCUGUCCACCUUCCAGCAGAUGUGGAUUAGCAAGCAGGAGUACGAUGAGUCUGGACCAUCCAUCGUCCACCGCAAAUGCUUCUAAAUGGACUGUUACCACUUCACGCCGACUCGAACUGCGCAGAGAAAAACUUCAAACGACAACAUUGGCAUGGCUUUUGUUAUUUUUGGCGCUUGACUCAGGAUCUAAAAAC